UCUGGUCUCUGGCUUUGGUCUCUGGGACGGGGUCUGGAGCUGGAGCUGGUACUGUCUUUGGCGUCUUCGUCGUCGUCGCAGUUGCAAACGUGAGCGCGAAGCGUGUGAACGUGAUUUUGAUUUUCGGCCUGGGACUUGGCUUCCUUCAUUCCUCGGUUUUGCAGCGUUUACACUGGGAAAAGCCAGAGCCAGAGCCAGAGCCCAGCACGAAAGCGGGGCACCAGAGGUCGCGGAAAACUGCAUCCAAGCUGAAAACUCUGUGUGUCGGCAAAUGAUAAUAUGGAUUUUACCACUAAUUGUUAUCCCGAAUGUGAAUCUGAAUGUGAUCCCGAGAGUGCGACACUUUCGUCAGCUGCUGAUCGGCGGACGGACGUAUAGGGCGUUCCGUUUCGUAGUCGCGUAGUGUCUUUGUCCAAGGUGGAAACAUUGCCAAAUCCUUGACAGAUUUCUAUUUGCCAAUUAGUUUGCGUUUGCCAUUCGUCAUUCGCCAUUCGCCAUUCGGCAUUCGGCAUUGGGAUAGUGUCAAUCGAGUGAAAGUGAACAAUGAAGCGCACCCAAAUGGAUAGGCGGUUUCGGAUCACACAGCUAAUAACGGACGAUGCCAUCCUCUGUCUAUUGCUGAUCGUAAUGGUAGCCCUUCCCAUUGUCGCCACAGGAUUCGGCUUCGACUCGGCCAACUCUUGCACUCCCAAUGGCAAGAUGUCGCGUCGCGGCCGGGCCCAAAUGCUGGCGUCCAUUCCCUGCGAUCUGGGGAAGCAGGCCUUCUGCCACCUGCCCGGAACCGCAUAUCCCUGGCAUGCAGUCCGUCGGUUCGUGCAUGAGAACCAGGGACUGAUGAAGCGCAUGUACGGGGAUGUGCGACACAUCUCCAUACUGCGCGAUGAGAUCCAGAACAACGAGGUGGAUGAGGAUGAUAUAGAGGACGCGGCGGAGCGAUAUAGUAAGGACGGAGGACGUCGCAGUGCCAAGUAUCUGAUGCAUGGUCGCGAUCGGGAUAGGGAUCGUGAUCGUGAUCGGGAUGACUUUGUGAGCUACAAAGGGAAUGAUGUGCUCAUGGAGCCGCACUUCCGACCCGUUUCCACAACUACGACCACGACUACAAGGGGAACGACAACAACGGAGGCUCCACCCACCACCAGUACCACCGACAGAGCAUCCACCUCGACCACAACCACAUCUGCCCCCACAUCCUCUUCGAUUUCAUCCAGUACGAGCACAACAGCUGCUCCACCUCUUGAGAAUCCCGCAGUAGUUCCAAACCCGGACUCGAAUAGUGUCUACGAGGUUGCGACCUCAACGACCACCAGCACCACGCCGUCGCCAGGCAGUGCAGGCACUGGAGACAACAUCCAAAUCAUCGAAUCGCCUCAGUUGGGAUUGCGGAAUCUCAGCAGCGAGGUGAAGGCGGAUCCACCGACACCCACGACUCUCAGGCCAACCGCAGGGCCCAACAAGAGCUCAUCGGCCACGGCCAGUCGCAGAAGAAAGCCAGCAGAGCCCUCCACCAUAUCGGCCACUCUGAGGGCAGUUCCCACGACGACAACCACAGCGGCUCCAACCACCACUGCCACUGUGCUGAUCAGACGCAAUGCGACCAAAUCCUCGCCUGCGAUCUCUCCUUCGGUGACCACGCCCGUUAGCUUUGCCGCCCUCUUUUCGGGCUCGUCGACAGGCUUCAGUCCGGAAAAGCAGCGUAGGCCACUGACCACAAGCACCACAUCAGCGCCAACGCCAGCUGCAGGUCAAGGUCCAGGUCCAGGUCAAGGUCCAGGUCAAGGUCCAGGUCAAGGUCCAGGUCUUUUUCCAGCUCAGGCAGGAGCCGCAACAAAAGCGGGACUGGUGCGUGAAAGUCAACUCUUCCAGGAUGCCAUGAAGCAGGAGCCGGUGGCGGUGAGCAGCAACAUGCGCGGAGUCAAUGCCUGUCCGGUGAAGGAUGAGGUGGUGGCCCCCUUCUGGGCGAACAACACACGCGGCGAGGUCCUGGCCCUGCUCAAUCUGUAUCCGUUCGAGCAGUACGUCCAUUGGGAGAAGUGCACCCAGGAGUUCAAGCAGAUGUUCUGCCGGGAUGGAUGCCGUUGCGAGCAGCAGUACCGCCUCCACCGUCUGCUCGCCUACGACCCGCACAACGAGUGCCGCGGCAUCUUCUCCGACUGGUUCCGAUUCCCCUCCAGCUGCAUCUGCAAGUGCUACAACAUACCAAUGGAGUUCCGCGCCACCUCCCGCAGUCCGCGCUCCGACAGUAGCUUCGAUGCACCGCAGGAGCGGAUGGACCUGAGGUCGGACCCCAUAGAAGCCGCAGAGGCGGAGGUGCAGCGAGCCAUCUACGACCAUGCCACCGAGGAGUGGUAUAGACCACGCGAUGAUUUCGACUUCUUCGAGGGGUAGUUCUUGGAGAUGGAAUCUGCAAACAGUAGAUCCAUUAAAUGUACAGUAGAUGAAUAGGUUUUUAGAUAUAUAUAGAGCAUCCCCGCAAGAUCUUUCAGUCUCACUUUCUAUCUAGUCUAAGAGCUACAUUAACCCCCCAUUUUAUUAGCAUAAUAAUAGCAUUAAGACUAUCGUUUAAGCGUGGCAUUAUGUCUUUGUAAAUAUAGGCCGACAUAAUGCCCGAUAUAGCCAACAAUUUGAAGAGCGAAUGUACCUUGAAAUACUUUUUGAACAUAUCGCGGCCCUCGAGCCGUGUCCGAUGGUAUUUAAUUUACUUAUUUAUACUCGUAAAAUAUAUAUCUCUUUAGGUUAAGUUACCAAUAAUUCUAACCAUAUACUGAUUGGGAAUAUAUCAAAGCCGUGGCCAUAACAUUUUCUAGAACAUAGAGCAAGAAGCGGAGGCAUUUUGGAAAAAUAUUUAUUGCAAAAAUGUAUGCGAUCGAUCAUAUAUAGAUUGUAUAUGUAGAAUGCUUACGUAUGUAUGUAUAUAUAAAAUAGACUUUAAUGUAUUUAA